UGAGCUCGAUUAGCUGUGCCUUCACAAUCAGGGUCACUUGCGAGCUUUGAAAAAUAGAUGGAACCUAAACGUCGAAGCUGUUAUUAAGUUUCAUUUAAACGUAAUCCUAUGGACCGCCUAGCAUCUUUUGCAAAUGACCCCUCCGAUAAACCGCCGUGCAGAGGUUGUUCAUCGUAUCUGACUGAGCCUUAUAUCAAAUGUGCAGAAUGUGGACCCUCAUCUUUCCUGCUGUGCCUCCAGUGCUUCACCAGAGGAUUUGAGUACAAGAAGCACCAGAGUGAUCACAAAUAUGAAAUCAUGACGUCAGAUUUCCCCGUGCUGGAGCCUGGGUGGACAGCCCAGGAAGAGAUGGCCCUGCUUGAAGCCGUCAUGGACUGUGGCUUUGGAAAUUGGCAAGAUGUUGCGUAUCAGAUGCGCACUAAAACCAAAGAGGAGUGUGAGAGCCACUACAUGAAGAAUUUCAUCAAUAACCCACUCUUCUCCUCCACCCUGCUCAGCCUGCGGAAAGCAAAAGACUCUCGUGUUGCAGAGGGCGCUAUUCCUUUUAAACCGAGCGACGAUCCCCCUCGGCCCACAUUUGACUCGGUGCUGUCUCGCGACAUGGCUGGAUACAUGCCUGCCAGAGCCGACUUCAUGGAGGAGUUUGACAACUAUGCAGAAUGGGAUUUGAAAGAUAUUGACUUUGUGGAUGAUGAUUCAGACGUCCUUCGUGCACUGAAGCUUGCAGUUGUUGAUAUUUAUCAUUCAAGAUUAAAGGAGAGACAACGGAGGAAGAAGAUAAUCCGAGACCAUGGAUUGAUCAAUCUGCGUAAAUUCCAGAUGCUGGAGCGAUGCUACCCAAAGGAGGUGCAGGAGCUGUAUGAUGUCAUGAGAAGAUUUGCCAGAGUGGUUGGACCAAUUGAACAUGACAAAUUCAUCGAAAGUCACGCAUUGGAGUUUGAGCUGAGGAGAGAGAUCCGCAGGCUGCAGGAGUACAGGAAAGCAGGGAUCAAGUCUUUCUGCAGUGCCAAGGUGUACGAGCGGGUGAAGCGAAUGCGUGAAGACGAGCGGAGGAAGAGGACCAUGCUGUGUGACGUGCUGCAGUACAUCCAGGAUGGCAGAGCCUGUCAGCAGUGGCUCAGCAAACAGGCUGCAAUAGAUGCUGGAAUCACUCCAGCUGUCACAACAAUCACAGUGUCAGCAACAGGUAGGCGGAGCGCCCCACCUCUCAACCUGACCGGACUGCCGGGAACAGAGAAGCUCAACGAGCGGGAGAAGGAGCUGUGUCAGGUGGUGCGGCUGGUACCGGGCGCCUACCUGGAGUACAAACAAGCUUUACUUAACGAGUGCAGACGGCAGGGCGGGCUGCGGCUGGCGCAGGCGCGGGCGCUGAUCAAGAUCGACGUCAACAAGACUCGCAAGAUCUAUGACUUCCUAAUCAAAGAGGGUUACAUCACCAAGGCGUAGGAGUGUUUGACCACAGUGGGAAGUUCGAUCGUGGUUAGUGUUUAGUUUGUUUUUAAUCUUGUAAUGUUGUCAGCUCAAGUUUUGUAAGACGUUCAGAUUGUUGCUGCUUGUUAUAUUAUAACAUUUGUUAUUGUGUGUUUUUAGUUUAAAUGUACUCAAGUCUUGUAUAAUUGUGAGAAGAACAGGGGAUUGUAUUAAAAUGAUGUAUUUAUUUCUCCUGAUAUAAAGUGUUAGAAAAUGACCUGAUGUACAUGUUGAUAUUUUUAAACUGUAAAAGAGCCGCUUGGAUUAAAAUUCUUGGUAACUUUUUAGUUUACUGUAGGUUUGAAUUAAUAAGCGGAUUCAUUUAGUGAAAUUAGGAAUCGGAGCACCAUUUGGUCAUAAAUGUGAGGCUUGUCGAAACCAUACAAUUCAGUAAAUUUUAUAGUAAAAUUAUAUUUAUAACAUGAAUAUUUACUUCAAAUCUUUUUUUUUAGCUGUUUUUGUACUUCCUAGUGGAGAUCCGUUUGCAUUUGCAAAAAACAAGUGAUGAAAGGAGCUCUUUUAUGAAAAGAGUGGUUUUUCAGGGCUGCUUAUAGAGCAAGGUAACUGUUUUUUUUAAUCAGAUGUUGGUGUGAGUGGUCUCUGCCCAUUUAACUGCUCCUGGAAAAACAAAAACUAUUCUAAUGAUUGUCUAACCAUGUCUUUAUUGGUUUUUACUGAGGUGUCAAAACUCAUCAUUGAGGAAGAAGUCAUCAAAUGCUGCUUUCAUGGGGGAAAGAGUAUAAAAAGAAAACAUAAUUUCAUUGUAAUUUUUUUGGAAAGCUGCAGAGGUGAAAAUUGUAUAACUGGCACAAGCCACAUAACUGCAGCACUGAGGGUUAAAAUGAUAAUAAGCAGCAUCCUCUUCAGGAUGUCAUGGCUGUUAGAUUGGAUGUAGUUUUAAUUAAUGCAGACAAUAAAAUCAAAGUCACUCGAUUACUCGAUUACUCGAUUACUUCUGUGUAUCAGUCAAGUCUCCAUCCCACAGCUUUUGUUUGGGGUUGAUUUUUUUAUUUCACCUAGCUAUUUGGGGAUUGUUUGUCCUCACAUGGGGACAGUUUAGUUUAAAGUAAAACACAAUAAAGCUGCCGUUAUUUGACAAAGUAUAAAAGACUUUGUUAAGCAGAAUGAAGUAUAAGGUGCAGAAAUAUCAAAUUUUAAUGUCCCCAUAUGAGAACUUGGGGUGUCAGGAGGGCAUGGGGGGCACAGAAUAAUAUCUUUAGCCUGCUUACAGUUGCAUCUUCAAGCUGCUUGGCAACCCAAAUCCAUGUCACUACCUCCUUUUUUUUUUUUUUUAAAUGCUUACACAUACAAGGUUAUACCGAAACAGACUGGUAGGUCACAAAAAAGAGCCUUACCUCCAAAUAUAAAUUACUGCUAAUUGAAAUGAUUAUCUUCCUUUUAAUUAAGUUGGAUCUGCUGAAAUAAGUUUGAGGCAAACUCGAAGAAGAGAAACCACAGAAAUGUGCAGAGUCAGUCUAUGCAAGAUUGAUUUAAUUUUGCAAAUAGUUUCAGGAACUUCAAUAAAAGCUAAUCAGAAUUUAUUUCACUUUAGAAUUUCUCAUAUAAUAAAUACAUUAUUGUAGAUUUCUUUCAACAGUUACACAAAUAGAAAGAACAAUGUCCUUUGUCAUAUCUUUAAACUGGUUCAUGUAUGUCUGUGCCAGAAUUUAAUGGGUUCUUCCUCAGGCUGGGGUUCCAUCUCUCUACCCAGUUACAUGAUCUUUGGCUCUAGAUUUUGUGAUCUUUCCUGCUGACAAAAAGCACUGAAAGUAUACCUCUGCUUUUCCCUUGGCAGAGGAAUGACGAGUAUAUUAUUGAGAGGCAUUCACACCUCAUUGCAGAUUCUUCAAAUUGAGACAGAAUACUGCUGAGUAAGGGUGAACGAUGCUCUUCUCUGACGCAGACAAACGGAAGCAGAUAUUUCAGUCUUCAUUUGUGUGGGGCUCGCUCAUGUGUCUUGGGGAAACUGUGACGAAUGUAUUACAGGCAGGAGACCGCCGGCCUCUGGCAGGCUUAUCGGAGCAGAGAGCAACCGCCGCAUCAGCCUCGGCUAACGGCCUGAUUAUAACUGCACAUUCAACCUUUGAUGACUGCGGAGAGGCGUCUGUACUGAAAUGCAGAAAAUUUAAGAGGAUGUGAAGGAGAAAAAACUUGUUACGCCUCCACAAGUCUUCUAAAAUCAAGGUUUCAAAACAAAACAAGAGGCAGCAGAGUGAAAUUGCUUAUUUCGUUCAAUACAGUUUUUCUCAUGUCAACUUUGUGUCUUUACUGGAGAAUGUGUUCCACCCAGCCUCGAAAAACUAGACUUUGAUCUUUCCUCUUUGCCUUUUAUUUUCCGUCUAAAGCUUCAACUCUUUUUUUUUUUUUU